UGUUGUGGCUGUGAUGUGCAAACCCCACAGAUGCCCACACAUCAGUUUUACAGGAAAUAUAUGCGUAUACUGCCCCGGUGGACCUGAUUCAGAUUUUGAAUAUUCAACCCAGUCUUAUACUGGAUAUGAGCCAACCUCCAUGCGAGCUAUCCGUGCUAGAUAUGACCCUUAUCUACAGACAAGACACCGAAUAGAACAGUUAAAACAACUUGGUCACAGUGUGGAUAAAGUGGAGUUUAUUGUGAUGGGUGGAACAUUUAUGGCCCUUCCAGAAGAAUACAGAGACUAUUUUAUUCGAAAUUUACAUGAUGCCUUAUCAGGACAUACCUCCAACAAUAUUUACGAGGCAGUCAAGCAGUCUAAGGACUUGGAAUUUUUUGAGAACCCUGCUUUUCGUCCUGAUGGUUUGAAACUCUACCCUACUCUGGUGAUUCGUGGAACUGGGCUUUAUGAGCUGUGGAAGUCAGGAAGAUAUAAGAGUUAUUCUCCUAGCGACCUGAUCGAAUUGGUGGCUCGGAUCCUUGCUCUUGUGCCUCCAUGGACUCGAGUGUACCGAGUGCAGAGAGAUAUUCCAAUGCCCUUAGUCAGUUCAGGAGUAGAGCAUGGUAAUUUGAGAGAGCUGGCAUUUGCAAGAAUGAAGGACCUUGGAAUACAGUGUCGAGAUGUAAGAACCAGAGAGGUUGGAAUCCAGGAAAUUCAUCACAAAGUACGGCCAUACCAGAUUGAAUUGGUAAGGAGAGAUUAUGUUGCAAAUGGUGGCUGGGAAACAUUCUUAUCAUAUGAAGACCCAGAUCAAGACAUAUUGAUUGGCCUCCUGCGAUUACGAAAGUGUUCAGAGGAAACCUUCCGUUUUGAAUUGGUUGGAGGUGUUUCCAUAGUUCGAGAGCUGCAUGUGUAUGGAAGUGUAGUUCCUGUGAGCAGUCGAGAUCCUACUAAAUUUCAGCAUCAGGGAUUUGGCAUGCUGCUGAUGGAGGAGGCAGAAAGAAUAGCUAGAGAAGAACACGGAUCUGGGAAAAUAGCUGUGAUAUCAGGUGUCGGCACCAGGAAUUAUUACAGAAAGAUUGGCUACAGAUUACAAGGGCCGUACAUGGUAAAGACACUGAAGUGAUGGCCACACCAGCCCACCUUGAUGCAGUAUCCUCCCUGGCAGAAAAUAAAAAUUCAAGAUAUUUUGAAUACUCGGGAGAGAGGCUGAGCUAAGCAAAUUGACCCACCCUGGCUCCCUGGCAAGGAGCUUCACCCUCAUCCUGCAGCUGCGGAGACUGGAAACUACUUUCGGGGCCAGGCCGGACGUCUGCUGACCAAGUCCACCGAGCUUCUGAUGCUCAGAGCUCCCGCUCGCCCUCUCCUGUGUGUUCUCAAGUCACGUGUCCAGUUUCUGAAGUCUGCAUGGAGCCUGCAAUUGACCUACUUUGACUCACGCACAGUGACGAAAGCAAAUUAACUCAUUUGGACACAUUAUUCAUGAAAUAAAACUAGCUACUGUCAUGUGAGGAAUAAACUUAGGAGUAGGUUAUUUAUAUACUGUAGGGACAAAAAGGUUGGAACAUAGGAAAACUGUUAGACUUUGAUCUCUGGCCUUUUAUAUACAUUCUGGCACAAGAAAAUGAACUUUUGUUUUAAUGGAAAUCACUCUGUUUCCUGUGCUGAUGUUUGAAAUAACAGUGUGAUGGGGAGAGAGGAACCGAAGUUGUCGGUUGGUGUUUCAAGCUUAAAACCGCCUUUCUCACUUGGGAGUCUGCCAUCUACAAUGGGCUGUUACAAACACCCUUUAUUUCACAUUUUUUGUCUGUAUUCCCUACACUCUUGACCCCUACAAAGCAGCGAGGGCAGCACUUCUACCCAGAGAGGUGUCUGGCUUCCCCUCUUGUCUGUCCUGAGCGGGCAGAGUCUGACAUUCCCCCGUCCGGGCGUGCGUAGCCCUGAGUCCAGAUGCCCUUCCACAGAAGCCUGUUCCUGCCUUGUAAUUCUUUAAGAUGGGCUUUGGUUUGCUUUAAAUGAAGAAAGGUAAGAGUUCAACUCCUCUGAAAACAAAAAAGUGGGAAACAAGCCCAAAUCGGAAAAAUAGGAAAAAGAUUGGCUUUUUCAAAGGUUCAUAUUCUCGAAGUGCCUCUUUGUAACUUCCAGGUAAUCUGCAAAGGAGACUCCACCUGGAGAGGGCCAAUUCUUAACAGCAUGGCUUAACCCCAUGCCCCCUGGCUUCUGGGGCAUUUUACAAAGGUUUAGUAAAUGGAAUUGAUUCCCCUGAAAGGUUCGAAAAAUAAAAUCUUCAGCCUACAGAGAAGAAUCACGUAAGGUGUUUUUCCUCUGCCUGUUACACAUGUGCUGACAUUUGCUAUGAAUCCGUGAUGCUGUUUACUUCCUCCUGGGUGCCGCGUGCCAUCUCAUUCGGCUGCCACACGGCACUGGCAUUCUCGGGGGCACGCCAUGGGGCUACAAAGGCUUGCCGCACCUGUAAUUUAGCUACUUCUCAGUUGUGCUUGUUUUUCCUUUAAAAAUAAAACUAUUAAACAGUG